AUGAACAGCACCAACGGGACCAAGCGGGCUCGCCACGACAGCUCCCCGCAGAGGGACGACGGCUACCAGACCCCCGAGAAGCGGGUGAGAGUGUGGUCCCCGGCGGCGGGCGCGGAUUACCGGGAGUGGAGCACGGAGGACGUGUGUCUGUUCCUGGCUGGCCACGGGCUCGGGGAGCUGCAAGCCGCCUUCAGAGGUACGGCAGCACGGUCUGCAGAGCACCCAGCAUGGGCCAUCUGUCACCUCGGGCUGUCACCGGGCACAGGGGGUACAGAGAAUUUAAUAUGGCAAUAUCUCACAUCUCAGGAUAAUAUAUAUAUUUAAUAUUUAUAGGUUAAUAUGUGGUCUAAUUUAAAUAUAUUUUAACCCCCUUAAGGACCAAACUUCUGGAAUAAAAGGGAAUCAAAAGUUAACAGCAUAACUUUGAAUAUAAUGGAAGGACAUCUCAAUAUUUUAUUUUAACUUUUUUUUUUUAAAGUAUUUUAAUCAUUACAGUUAGUUUAGCAGGGGUAGGCACUGCACUCCAGAUUUUGUGGACUACGUAUCCUAUUAUGCUCUGCCAGCGUUGUGGUUGGAAGAGCAUUAUGAGAGUUGCAGUUUGCAAUUCCUGGAGUGCCCAAGGUUGCUAUAGUGCUUUUAUAUUUGAGUUGUUUGCCCUCGUGUUUUUUAUAUUUUACUUUAAACUGCAGAUUUAAAGGUAAAUGUGUACAGAGAGUUGCCGCUGGCUUGACAGGGUUACCCCAGUCUGCACCUUGGACUGGGGGUGCCCUGUCUGCACUGCAUGUUCCUCUCUGCAGAGGGGUGUCAUUUUCUCUGCUGGCUGGGCAUGGUCACUCCAGUCUGCACAUUGCAAGGAAGGCACCCUGUCUGCACUGCAAGUUCCUCCCUGCACAGUCUGCAGAGGGGUGCCACUGUCUCUGCCGGCUGGGCAAGGUGACCCCAGUCUGCACCUUGCAUUGGGGGUGCCCUGUCUGGACUGCGAUCUUCUCCAUGUGCAGUCUGCAGAGGGGUGCCACUGGCUGGGCAGGGUCACCCCAGCCUGAACCAUGCACUUGGGGUGCCACUGUCUGUGCUGCAGGCUGGGGAUCAAGGACAAACCAGUGUGCAUAGCAUAUCACUGUUAUAGGGAGUUGAUUGAUAUGUACUUUGCUUGUUUGUACUGCAUAUCUUAGACUGACCGUAACAAAAGCUUGUUUAGACUUAGUAUCUAUUAUGAUAGGGUUUAUUUUUAUUUGUUCAUGGGCACUGAAACACAGAAGUCAAAUAAUAUUGUGUAGUUGCUAAACAAUAUCAGAUGACCCUGGGUUUAUCUUCAGAUAACUCUAGAAUACUUCAUUUAUCAACUACAAAAGGUAGUGUGUGGUUUUUUUGUUUUUUUUCCACAGUUAAACUGGCACUGUCAUGCCGAACUUAUCUUUCCCUAAUCGAUUCUCCCUCUGUCAGGAUCUGUUCAUUCCUUCCGGUCUGCUCUAAUUUUCUUUAAAACAUAAGACAAAGUAGUGACUACUUUGUUUUAUGGAGGUUUCCUACAGGUGACCAGCGGAGGAGCAAAGUGUGCUUCGUUUCCGGUGGUCAGAGCAAUUUUCCCACAAUUCUCACCUUUGAUCCGUGAUCUCGCGAUGCGUCCUGUCACUUAGGACACCUGUGAAACUACCGAAUGAGAACGGUUUGUUCAUUCAUGUUAGGACGCAAUUCGGGACAUUGUUUGGAUCGGAAUUUCAUUCGAAUGAAACUCCGAUCCUGUUAGUGCUGCGGCUGCAUCUUGCAGCUGCUUGUUAGAUAACUCCCUAAUUCCUCCAGUAUCAGGGAGCUAUCUACCACAAGGCUGAAAGACCUAAAUUGGUCUUUCAGUCAAAUCUACUAAUACUAAGAAAAGAUUACUUAGUAUUAGUAAAUUCUGCCCCUACUCGCUAUGCUGUGAGUAGGGGCAUGUCUUUUAAACGGUGAGCUGUGGCUGCUCACUUAUUUAAAAUAUAUAUAUAUAUAUAUAUAUAUAUAUAUAUAUAUAUAUAUAUAUAUAUAUAUAUAUAUAUAUUUUAACCUCCCCAUGGUGUGGCAUCUCUUAAAGGACUCAUUUUCCUGGCACUAUAGUGCCCUGAGAGUGCCCCCACCCUCAGGGUCCCCCCCCCCGCCGGGCUCUGGGGAGAGGAAGGGGUUAAAAUCUUACCUUUCUCCAGGGCGGGGAGCUUUCCUCCUCCUCCUUCCUAGCGACGUCAUCGGCUGAAUGCAUAUGCGCCGCGUGCGCAUUCAGCCAGUUCAUAGGAAAUCAUUUACAAUGCUUUCCUAUGGACGCUGGCGUCUUCUCACUGUGAUUUUCACAGUGAGAAGCACGCAAGCGCCUUUAGCGGCUGUCAGUGAGACAGCCACUAGAGGCUUUAGAGGCUGGAUUAACCCUCAGUGUAAACAUAGCAGUUUCUCUGAAACUGCUAUGUUUACAGCAGGCAGGGUUAGUCUUAGAGGGACCUGGCACCCAGAACACUUCAUUAAGCUGAAGUGGUCUGGGUGCCUAUAGUGGUCCUUUAACUCCUCCUCCAAGCUCCCACACGUGCCCCGCGAGUGGGGGCUAUUAAAGUAAACUUGUAAGCAAGCACCAGAAUUUUAAAUUGAGUCCUAUAGCUAACUGGAAGCCAGUGCAGGGACUGACAGGGGAGGUGCAGGCAGACAGGAAAAUGAGCCUAGCCGCCGCAUUCAUUAUAGAAUUAAAUCCCUUUAAAUAAAUAACUUACCAUUUGAUGUCGUCUUUUUUUCUAAAAACAACUUUUUUUCAGCCCCAAAAAAUGCAGAAAAGAAAAAAAAACGCUAAAAAAGUAAUCCAUCUUCACCCAUGGAGGGCACAGCGCAGACUGAGCUCUGCUGGGCGGGGAAAGGCUUAUAAAGCCUUCCCACUCCCUGCAAUUGGGCUCAGAGCGCUCUGGUUGGUUGGUUAAAGCCAACCAAUCAGAGUGCUCUGACAGGUAAGUCUCUACAUUUACCUGUCACAGCACUCUGGUUGGCUUUCAAGCCAACCAAUCAGAGUGCUCGGUGUCAUUUUACACAGCGUGGGAAAAUUCUUUGGAAUUUUCCCAUGCUGUGUAAUUUGACUCAUAACACUCUGAUUACAAUAAAUUCUCCCCCUCUUAUUGUUACUUUGGGCCCCCACCCGCCGCUCAAGGGUAGGGGCUGGGGUGGAGGGCAAUAGGGCUUCCCCCCACAUUUUCAUUUAGGGCCCCCACCUGCCGCUCUUGGAUGGGGGCCAAAGGGGAUCUAUGUCCCCCUUUUACUUUAAUAGCCCCCACUCGCAGGGGGAAGAGGGUGACGUCACUGUGUCCACCCUCCACAGGGUAGUUAACAGAUGCCCCACCAUGAGGCCUUUUAUUGAGGGGUGGGGGUUAUUUAUUUAUUUUUUUUUAACUGUGAGCAGCCACAGGCUGGUUUUCGGACCCCCCCAAAUACAGUUAAACUGCACAUUUUAGAGUGGAUUUUUAUUGUGGCCAGCCUAAGGCACACCUGUGCAAUAAUCAUGCUGUCUAAUCAGCAUCUUGAAAUGCCACACCUGUGAAGUGGAUGGAGCAAAGUUCUCACUAACAGAUUUGUGAACAAUAUUUGUGAGAAAUAGGCCAUAGAUAAAGUGUAAAUAGAAAGUCUUAGAUCUUCGAGUUCAGAUCAUGAAAAAUGGGGGCAAAAACAAGUGUUGCAUUUAUAAUCGUGUUCCGUGUUCAUAGUUUCUCCCAUCUGUAAACAUGGUGACUGCUUAUGCAUGCCUUGUACACUUCAGAUCAAACCAUGUAACUUUAUGUGUAUUCACUCUAUUGUGAGGAUCUGGACCAACAGAUUCUGCCAUUUCUUUGCCAUGGAAUGUUAAAUGCACAUCUUUAGCCUGAAAAGCUGUUUUUGAGCUAUGUAUCUGCACAUACGCAGCAAAUGUGCACCCUUAGUUAUGGAAAAAUUACUACUACUUUUAAAGGCACACUCCAUAAUAUAUUCUGUUUAUCAUAAACCCUUUGUAUAGAGAAAUUGCAUUAAAUACUUUUGCUGUACCUAAACUUGUUAUACUUGCAGUAUUUUAAAGGGAAACUGGAGUGUAAAGAGGACCAUUUUUCGAUUGUAAUUCUGUAGGUAAUCCAUCAAAAAAUGUUCCGCAGCGGCACUGUUUAGUGAGGCUGUCUGUAACUACAGGCGUAUCCCUUCCUCCGUAGAAAGAGCCAUUUUAAUCAGGAUGCUGUUCUAUGGACGAUAUGAUCUAUAUCUAUCUAAUAAAUUCUUCUAUCAGUAGUUUAUGGGAUAUGUAGUUCAUCCCCGAAGAGCCACACAAGUUGAGGGCCCUUUCUGUAAACUGAUAACUGCCAUAUCAUUGUUGCUAUGAAUCUACACAAAGCAAGGUUCAUAGUUUAGUAAUUUGUCUUGCGUAUAACAUAAGUUAGAACUUACAUUUUAAGAAAAUAAUAACAAAUACUAUAACUUAUACCUGGUUUUAAUAAGCAAAAGUUCUUACAUUAUUUUGUGUGUAUUUUAGUCCUAGUGUGAAUUUGCUUUUUAAAAAAUAAAUAAAGCUUUAUUACAUCUAACAUUCUGUUUGUUUUACCCUAGAAAACAAAAUAAGAGGAAGGAUAUUAGAAGAUCUCACUGAAUCACGCCUGAAUGAAAUGCAAAUUGAGUGAGUUGUGUUUAUUUCAUCUUAUUUGAUUAAAACUGUGAGAAAUGAGUCUGUAGUAUGAUUGCGCCAUAGCAUUUACUAUAUGCUGUAGUGAUUAUGGUGCUUGGUAGGUGUUCCUUUUUAAAUAUAAUACAGUGAUAUUUUCUUGUAGCAAUACAACUACCAGUAAUUUGAGCCUUAUGUGGGUGAUCAGAGCUUUUGAAUCAGUAAAACAAGAAAUGAUUUACACUAAAGCAUAAGUCUUAUUACAGGAAUACUUCAAGCACCAUAACCGUUACCGCGUACUUUACAGUGGCUUGACUUCUUACCUGGGGUCAAUUCGGGCACUGCUUCCCGCGUACACUAUCACCAAAAGACAUGACUUGACAUAAUUGCCUGGCACCAUAACUGCUGUAGUGGUUAUGGUGCUUUGAUUGUUUAUUUUGAUAUGUUUAAAACAGUGCCAAAUGUUUGGUUUGUAUUUUAUUUAGAUAUUUUUUUAUUUUGCUUUUUUUCUUUUUUUUUUUUCUUACAUGGCAAGUGAAAAAAACAAACUUUUUUAGGUUUUUACAUACUAAAACCCAAUAGGAAAGUUCAUAUGUUAACUAUGGUUCUCUUUCAAAAAUUUUUUAUUUAUUUAUUUAUUUUUUUAAAAUCUAGAAAAGGCUUGUUUAUUUGGUUGGGUUUUUUUUUUGUGUGUGUGUUCUUUCUACCUGUAAAUUCUAUUUUCAGGCCUCUGGGGUUGCGAUUGGAAUUACUUCGCUGCUUAAGAAUUCUGUGCCAGAACUCUCCUGAUAUAAAGAAGGUAUUUAUUAUCGUUAAACGCAUAACCUGCUCAGAGUGUAUUACAAAUGCUGAAGACAACGCUUGCAUUUUGUUAUGUUUUCCCACUGUCUAACCCUCAUACCAUCAUAACCAAAAAUUUGUGCUGUCUAUUCAAAUACCAUAUCAAUCUUAUUAUACCUGCUAUCAUUCUGUUUGCAACGGCUAUUGUGGCUGAGUAAGGUAUGUAUUCAUCUUCUUGGCUUAUAUCCCGUGGUGGUGUGUGUGUGUGUGUGUGUUUUUUUUUUUUUUUCUCCUCUUUUUAAAUUUUUUUUUUUCUAUUUUCUUUUAAAUAAACUGAUCUUUCGGCAUCUAUUUUAUUUAUUAUUUUUCUUAUUAUGUACAAAGCUUUCAUCACAUUAAAGGACAGCUAUAGGCUUAAUGAAGUGGUCUGGGUGCCAGGUCCAGCUAGGAUUAACCCUUUCUUCUAUAAACAUAGCAGUUUCAGAGCUAUGUUUAUAAUAGGGUUAAUCCAGCCGCUAGAGGCGCUUCUCACAUGCCAGCGUCCAUAGGAAAGCAUUGAGUGCUUUCCUAUGGACUGCCUGAAUGUGUGCGCAUUCAGCCGAUGACGUUGCUAUGGAGGAGGAGGCACUAUGGUGGUCCUUUAAGGUUCAAAACCGACACCCUUAACCCAAUGGCUUGAUGUCCCUCACACUUCAGAAAAAUAUAUGCUGAUGGUUCAUGAUAUGUCAUGGUGAUAAAUUGUCUGAGUGUCUGCCUGCUCUCUGGAGUCAGACUGUUAUUUUAACAACAACUACUCAACAUGUCUGCUCAGCCAAAUAAAGUGAACAUUUCUAAACAAAAAACAAUGUGCAUCAUUAAAAAACAUUAACUGAGACAAGUUGAGUAGGAGGAGAUACCAGCAAAAGAUACAAUGAAGGAGGAGAGAGAAAAUGGGUGCCAGGAGAGGACCGUGUCAUGGAGGGCAAAAUAGGAAAGUAUCCCAAAGCAGACUCUUGCUUUUGAUUGUCAGUGUAUGCAGUCAGACUUUGUUCAGCUGUGAGGUGCCUCUCCAUUACAUUCAGGGGUAGGCAACCUUUGGCACUCCAGAUGUUUUAGACUACACCUCCCAUGAUGCUGUGUCAGUACUAUGACUGUAAAAGCAUUAUGCGAGAUGUAGUCCAUAACAUCUGGAGUGCUGAAGGUUGCCUACCCCUGUAACUAAAUGUUUAGUGUCUUUUUUUUUAUUACAUUUUCAGUUUGAAAUGGGUGCAUGAUAUAGCCGAAUUGGAAAUAAGUGUGUUUGGUUUUUUUUGUUUUUUGGUUUUUUUUGCCACUGCAGAAUUUAGCUGAAAAAGCAAAGAUUGCCCAUGGCUGCCAUCAUCAAAGAUAACACAUGUGCUGCUUAUCUGCUUCACAUUACCUUGAAUCCCUUUUGUUUAUAUUCUGUCUAGCAGAUGGGGGGGGGGGGAUAAUCCUACUGGCAUAAAUUGUUUGAAUUCGGAUAGAUAAUAGUGUGGUUUUCCCAAGGUCACCAAGGAAUAACUUGUGAUUACAAGAUGACUCUGCCAGGAGUGUUUUCCUUCUUAAGAUCGCAUGUUCUGUUUUAUUAUGCCUUACCAAAGAGUUCCAGAUAAAAUAAGUUAUUUUAGUCAAUGGGAAUCUGACAUUGUUAAAUGUUUUUAUAGGGAUGACCUUUAAAUGACACAAAAACAAAUUUCCAUACAAAAGCAUGAUUUCAAGCUUACAGUUUAUAAACAAGUUUAAAGGGACACUAUAGUCACCAGAACUACAGUUUAUUGUAUUUGUUCUGUUGAGUAUAAUCAGUCCCUUCAGGCUUUUUGCAGUGAACACGGUCUUUCCUUAGAAAUGUUUAAGCAACAGCCUAGUGAUACCUCCAGUAGCCAAUCCUCAGGAGGCUGCUAGACGUGCUUCCUGGGGCAGUGCUGGACAGUGUGACUUUCAUUCAGUGUCUCCACCCAUGGAGACACUGAACUUUUUCUCAGAGAUGCAUUGAUUUAAUGGAUCUCUGAGGAGAUGCUUAUUGGCUAGUGCUGUUUGGCUUGUGCUGGCUCUUUCCCUGAUCUGCCUUCUUGACAAUCUUGGCUAACCCAAUGAGAUUACCAAUUCUGAUGAUGUCAGCCAAGGAGGCAGAUCAGGGGAAGAUUCAGCAGCAGCAAACUGGAAUAAAGGUAAGAGUUUACUAAAUUUAGGGGAGCCAGGGGGUUUAGUGUUUUGUUCCUGACCCUGUAGUAUUUAAAUGGCACCUGUAGUGCCUUUAAAAAGAGCAUGACGCUCCAUCUCUAUACUCUGUGUUGGUUGACUUUUUAAUCUUCUGGUGCUCUCUCCUUAUUUCUGAAGGUAUUCAAUGAUCCUAUACACGGCCAUAUUGAGAUGCAUCCUCUCUUGGUACGCAUUAUUGAUACCCCUCAGUUUCAGCGUCUUCGAUAUAUUAAACAGCUUGGUGGCAGCUAUUAUGUGUUUCCCGGGGCCUGUCAUAACAGAUUUGAACACUCCAUCGGGUAAUGUAUCUAUUCAUCUAAAUCAAUUUAUUACAAAACACUAGAUUUGUAGCAGCUGAAGCAGUUUUAUGAGGAAUUGGCACCUUCUAAUUGGUUAAUUGUUUUACCUUAUCCUGGUAAGUACAGGUGAAGAGUGUAGCAGCGGUUGUGUUUUCAUAGGCAUCAUUUCCAGAAUACAUUUGUGUCCUUGCAGAAUCCAGGUAUCAUGUGAAUCAAAUAUAGGCUAAAUCAGGAGUGCCCAAAGGGUAGAACCCCAGAUGAUACCGUGUCAUUCUAAAGACAUGAAAAGCCUCAGCUGUAGUUCUACAACAUCUAAGAGCUACCUUUUGUACACCCCUGAUCUAAACGUUACGUUUGAUAUAAACACACGAACAACAAUUGCAAGGCUUAAAGAAAAAGUCCAGACUCUGUCAAUAGCUUAUUUUGGUAAGUGUUAAGCUAUAAAAUUACCUCCAAGUUGAUCUCUAGAAUGUAAGCUCAUUGAGCAGGGCCCUCCACUUCUCUGUUCAUGUACAUCCAGUUGUCUGGUUACAAUUACAUGUGUUAGUCCACCCAUUGUACAGCGCUACAGAAUCUGAUGGCGCUAUAUAAAUAAUAAAAAAAUAAUAGUGCUUUUUUUUUUUUUCACGAGACGGCAGGGAUUUGUAAUGAAAUGUUAGUGUUAGCUACAUUGGCUGAAUUUUUUUAAAUUUGAUAUUCAGAGCACUAGUAAUUGUUUUUAUUUUGGGUGGGGUGGGGGGGGGGGGCAUUUGACGAAUAAAUCCAUUGGCAUCUAUGGAAUUUAUUGAUGAUAAUCACUUUGACAAACACUGUGUGUUGCUAAUUGAGGGUGUAUGUUCCCCCUCUUCAUUUUUUUUUGUCUGUGUCAGUGCUUUUGACAUGCUUCUAAAUACACUCUGCCGAAUAGAUAUAUUGAAAAACAGGUUUGCUGACCGCACCAUGAGAACAGCCAAGAGUUUUCUGUUAGUUAUGCUUUCCAUUGCAACAAAAAACAACUGCUGUUAUGGGAGUUGCAGCAGUUUCUGUAGACCUUCUGCUAGCAAAAUUGCUAAAACAACCUUGUUUGUGAUAUCAAGAUGAUGUCUAUAUGUUGAUGUUGAUAACAUCAGUGUUACUGGAUCAAAGCAAAACACUGCAGCUUUGGAAGGAUAGGAAAAUUUAAUUGGAUUUUAUAAAAUCAAACGAAUACUCAUUUUAAUCUUUGCAUUGUAAGCUCAUGGGCUGUCUUGCAAAGUACAUUGUAUAAAAUAACGUCCAUGGUUAGUUCUGAGCUCAUGUUCAGGGUUCUCUUCACCAGUAGUAUUUGUUUUAUUGUACUGUCUUUCCCCAAUUGUACAGAGCUGCAUGAUUUGAUGGUGCUUUAUAAAUGCCAGUAAUAUUUAAAGGAGAAAAUUAACCCUCUUUUAAAAUGAUCCAUUAUUAGUCCCAAAGUCCUUGUGACAACGUGUCGGGCUUUCCUGUCCGAGCCCUUUACUUAAUGAUUUGAUAAGAUGGAGUCUAACUGGCCUAUUAAGCCACCUAAGUACUGUAGUUGUAUAACAUGUAGGGAAAGACCGAUAAUCGGUUUGGCCGAUAUUCCGGAUUUUAGCAAAUAUCGGUAUUGGCCACUAUUGAUACCGAUAUUGUGAGGGGCCAGCACGUCUAUAAGGCGGCACAGGCUGCGCUUGGCUACACUACAAGAGCGAUAAUGAGCCCCUGCAGGGUGGGGAGAGGACCACUAAAGGACAGGGACGGUAGAGGUACACUAAAUAUUCUUGAAACCAAAAAAUUCUGACUGGCGUGUAUAUUUUGUGCAUUUACCUUUGAUAAAAAGACUACCAAAAAUAAGUAAUCAUGUUCAAUUAACAGUAGAUUUGUGUGUGUAUGUAUGUAUGUAUAUAUGUAUAUAUGUGUAUGUAUAUGUAUAUAUGUAUGUGUAUGUGUAUGUAUAUGUAUAUAUGUAUGUGUGUGUGUAUAUAUAUGUAUAUGUAUAUGUAUAUGUGUAUAUGUGUAUGUGUAUAUAUAUAUGUAUAUGUGUAUAUAUAUAUGUAUGUGUAUAUAUGUGUGUGUAUGUGUGUAUGUAUAUGUAUAUAUAUAAUUUUUAUUUCUUCAAAUGGUAAAUGUACAGAGUAUCGGUGAGCUAUCAGUAUCGCUUCCAGCUCUAAAAAAAAUCCAUAUCGGUCGAUCCUUAAUGACAGGAACAUAUGUAGCAUGCUGAUGCAAUUUAAGCUGGUCCUGUAACUGAAGCAGACGCUAAAGAGAAUGAAAUGGUUUAUUAAAAAAAUAUAUAUAUAUAUAUAUAUAUAUAUAUAUAUAUAUAUAUAAUUUUUUUUUUUUUGUAUUACAAAUAUUGGUUUAGGUACAAUAUGUUGCAGUGCUUAUGGUAUCUCUUUUUAAAUGUUGUGAAAUUGAGUCUUGUAAAGCCAGAUUUACAAGCCAAGCUAAUACUUGAUUUUUAUUUAUUUUUAAAUUUUGUGAGGUAAUGGUAGCCUCUAUAAUGAAAGAGGAGUUACUAGCUGGCCUCUGGCUGCUUGUUGUGAAUUGUGUAGACUGUAAUGAUAAGACAAGAGGGACUUGAUUACAGAAGUUCAAUUGGAGCACAAAAAGAUAACAAUGGCUAGCAUCUGGUUACUAGUCACUUGUCCUGUUUCUUGUCAUUAUGUUGUAAUUUGUCCCCUAUCUGCCUCACAGGCAUUGUGAGAAAAAAAAAAUUACACUGCACACAGGCUCUUUCAGAAGAAUCCUAAACAUUUAAAAAUGUGUUGUUUUUGUUUGUUUUGGGUUUUUUAGUACUAAAAUUUAAACUUUAAAUAAUAUCCCUAUAGAUACUUCAUACAUAUUUACACAAGGUCUGGAUCAGUUCUUUUGUUUCCCACAAAGGCUUGUGACAUUCAUGCAAUUCAAAAUUACUUUUAUCCCAUUCACCUCAAGGGGCGACACAAGUCUGCUGUGGUGAAUGUGUCAAUACCCAGUAACUGUAAACUCUAGAAGAGAGUUGAUGAUGAAAACUGAUGAUGGACUAAUACUUGGGGUCAAGAGAGGAGCUAAAAAGGUGGGAAAUGGGGGCUGUAGUAGUUUCAGUGCUGAUAGAAGCCAAAGUUGGCUUCAGCAAAUUUCAUGUGGGACACCAAAGAUCUCCGUUCAGAACUGUGUAGUUAUAGUAACCAGUAAGAUGCUAUGCUAAACCCUUGGACUCUAUCUUCUGUUAGAGGACCAGAAAAUGAGGAAGACACAAAGAACACCCAGUUGGAUGAAUGUGGAAACAGGUCUAUGUAUCCAUAUAAAAAAAUUAAGACCAUCCUAUACUGAUCUGCAAUUUUAUAGCUAACAAAAAUGUACUGGAGUAUUUAAAAGUUGUUCAAGUAUGUUUUAUGAAAAUUAAACUACAAAUUUAAAAAAAACAAGUGUUUCUCUAUAAUCAUUGCGUGUAUCUUUUGGACAGUGUUGGCUAUCUAGCAGGCUGUCUGGUGAGGUCAUUGCAUGAACGUCAACCAGAACUUCAGAUCAACAAGAGAGACAUGCUCUGUGUCCAGAUUGCUGGCCUUUGUCAUGACUUAGGUAACUAUCUACACAAUCUGUCAAUGCACAAUAUUUUGUACUAGAAGUCAUAUGGCUGUGUUUUGUGUAUAUAUUUUUAUUUUUUUCCCUUUUGUUUUGUGUCUAAAAUCCCAAAAAGCCUACACUAAUAAUUGCUAACAUGGUUUGCGUGUCUGUUUGUCCAUUUUAAUUGAAACUUUAUAUUUCUGUCACCUUUUCAGGUCAUGGGCCAUUUUCCCAUAUGUUUGAUGGGAGAUUCAUGCCACUUGCCUGUCCAAAGAGGAAUUUUAAGGUGUGUGUCCCUAUACUUAUUUUUAUUAGUUAUAUGUCUGGUUUUUGUUACAAAUUUCAGUGUAUCCUUUUGUGUACAUAUAAUUAAACAAAAAAAAUCUGAGGUCUUGGUAUUAUCCUAAUAAUGAGGCGAAUUAGGUCAGUGUUAUAGGUUUAUGCAAAUUUGGCAGAAUUAUUUAAUAUAACUAUUGACUCAAACAUUGACCUUAAAAGAGGCUUAGAAAGAGGCUUUCAUAUCCCUUAUCACAUUGUAAAUUGGAUUUAUCCCCCACCCCACACAUUUAUUUUGUCAUACUACAUAUUGUGAUAGAAGAAAAAAAAAAAAUAACGCAGGGAUAGGCAACAUGUUUUGGACUACAUUUCCCUAAUGCUCUUGCAGCAAUAAUACUGGCACAAUGUCUGUUGAGAUGUAGUCUGCAACAUCUGGAGUGCCGGAGGUUGUUUACCACUGCUCUAGUGUAUCCCUUUAAGAAAUGUUAAAGGAACACUCCACUGGAUUUUCACUGUAUAGUAGAGAUAUAUCUCCUGUCUCCUCUUCUAAAACAUGAAUACAUCUUUUUAUUUUUUGGGGUGUGGCUAUAUUGGAAAGAAAUAGUUUGCAAAAACUACGAGCCUGCUGUCCGGCCCUCCCAUUUAUCCCCUGCACAGACAAGAAGUCUGUGGCAGGCAAUUGCCCAAUCAACGCUUCUCAUUGGGGAAAAAACUGCAGUCUUCGCUUCCUAAUGCUUCUCAAUGAGCACUAGCGUACCUGCCACUUCCGUUGGCUCUAUGAACCUCACAAAAGCAGGUAUACACCUCCUCUGUUGUCUGUAUGACACAUGCAGCUGUUUCUACCCUCAACUAUAAAAGUUGCCAAUUUUUUGUAAAAUUAGCAUUAAUAUGAUUUUGUAUAUAAAAAAAAAAACAAACAAACAAAAAACAGACCCACACAAAGCACUUCAUCAAGCUUGAGUGUUCCUUUAAACCAUGUGUCUUUGCAAUUGUGCAGUAGCGCCUGUAAAGCAGGCUGGUUGCCUCAUUCAUCUGUUCCAUUUCUGCUUUCUGUCAACCUAUAUCAAGAGGAGAAAAAAAACUUCAAUUGUUCAGUAUUACACUGCAUACCAUAGAGCGCUUUUACGGCAUACAUUUCAGUGUUCUGAAUUUUGUGUUUUAUAAUGUUUCUUUACCCCCAGCAUGAAACUGCUUCUGUAAAAAUGUUUGACCAUCUCAUUGAAUCCAAUAACUUGGAGGAUAUAAUGACGAAACAUGGUCUUUGCUUGCCCGAGGACUUAAUAUUUAUAAAAGAGCAAAUUGCAGGACCUUUGUCAUCAGAAGAAGAACAACAUUUUGACUCCAGUCAGAAUAAUUCUUCAGUAAGUAUUUUUCUUGCACUCUUAUUUUUGGUUCUACUAGCAUCCUGUGUUUCUAUAUUUGCAUGUGGUUGGAAUUUAUCUGGGUGCUUGAUGUUAUUCUGUGUGGGGUUAUGUAUUUUUUUUUUUUACAGAAUGUAGUCAUUCUUGUUUUUCACAUCAUCACAUGAGAAUAUCUGGUUUGGUAGCAUAAUAUUAAGCACCUAUAGACCAACAGGUUUAUUCAAAAUUCAAAUAUUAAAGUAAUAAUUUAAAAGUGAAUUUAAAAAUUGAUGCCAGACUAGCUAAACUGAAAGCAUAGCUGACUUAGAAUUAUUUUUCAGUUUGGCUUUUUUGACCUUUAAAUUAUUAUUUUUUUUUUUUCCAAAGACCUUUUUUCAUUGUGAAUGCAAUAUACAAAAGACUUGUGCAUAGUAUCAACAGCAGCAAAUGAGUUCUAGAUUAACGGCAGUGUUAAUAGUGCACGUGAACCGUUACAUUCAGAGUUUGGUAUUUAACAUAGUAACAUAAGUAAAACUAACAAAUAUCUAAUAAAACUGUUUUCAUCAUAACAAGGUCAUGGACAUCAUUUAACAGUGACCAUGAGGUCACCAAAUAAACAUCUCACGAGGUAUGGUAUUGAUUCUUUUUUGAUCUGCCAUCACCUAUGCCGAGAAUCAUGCUGUGUAUUCCAAAGUGGUUCUCACCUUGGUCUCAAAGACAAAAUAAAUUUUCUGGCAAGGAGUUCUUUAUUUGGUCAGUGUCUAACCUAGGCUUCUCCAAACCCCGGCCCUCAAGAUGUUGCUGAACUAAAACUCCCAUGGUUCUCAGCCGAUCAACUUCAUUCAUAGAAUCAUGGGAGUUGUAGUUAAGUAACAUCUGGAGGGCCGGACUUUGGGGAAGCCUGGUCAAACCAUUCAAUUUUAAAUAUGAAAUUGAAUUUGGUUAAUAAUUGUAAAUUAGGUGCACUUUGCUGGUUACCUGUGUUAAUGUACUUUUUAUGCCUUGAAAAAACAUUUUAUGUUGGUUAAUUGAGUAUGAAUUCAGGUUAAUAUUUCACAUCUUGCAGUGGCCGUAUCGAGGACGAACAGAAGAGAAAUGCUUCCUUUAUGAGAUUGUCGCUAAUAAAAGAAAUGGCAUUGAUGUGGACAAAUGGGACUACUUUGCAAGGUACCUGCAAACCUUCUUGCUUCCUGCUUUCUUAGUUUUUUGUGCAACCUCCCAACUUCAUUUGAGGGUUCUUGGAUAGCCUGUAUGGACCACAGUCAUUUGAGGUUCCUUUCAAGAGCCAACCAUCAUAUCGUUAACGAUAAAAUAUCCAUACUUUUGCCCAUGUAGACAUUUAUUAUUUUAUUUCUUGAAAAGUAUUUUGUACCAUGACAUUUAAUUCACAAUAAUACUCCCUUUGUUAAUCUCCCUCCUCCCUCCCUCCCUCCUUUUCUUUCUUUCUUUUCUCCCCAUCCCAAAUAUAUGGCACCAGAGCUUCCUUUUACCUCUGCAAACAGGGUUUUGUGUGUUUUUUUUCGUUUUUUUUUUUUUUUUUUUUUUUUUUUCUUCCCCUCUUCUUGCAAUUAUGUCAGAGAGACAGAAGUUCUAGGUGCUCCCCCCCCACCUCCUCCCUUUCAUAUUGAACUGUUACAGUUCAUUGAGUAUCAUUGGAAUUGUGUGUACUUGCGUCUCCAGCACAGAGGCUUCUCAGUUUGACAAUCCGCAGGCACAGACUGAAUGUGUGGGCUGGGGAGAAAGGGGGUGACUUGUAAAAGCUGCAGAAAGGUCUGUAGCUUUUGCAAGAUGUUUUCAUACAGAAAACAUGCUGAUUAAAAAAAAUAUUAAAAUAUAUAAAUUGGAUUAGCCAUAUUCGUCCAGUAGACAAGAUGCCAAAAUACCAGAGUAUUGCUGUAUGCAAUGAUACCUCUUUUUAUUUUUUAUUGGACUAACCUAAUAUUUCACAGACAAGCUUUCAAGAGUUAUCCUCUCUUCCUCAGAUGUGACGCAAUACUGAUCAAUCUGAUAGUUUAACACUUAAAACAACUGAUGUUAGGGAAGGGUGGGGUUGAGUAGGGUGUCAUAAAUAGCAGAAGAUGUGCCUGAAAGUGUUGUGGAUGCAAAUGUUGAUCUUUAUAUUCAGAGGAAGCCUAAAUUAAGCCUCUGCCAUUUUAUUCAUCAGCUGGGUUUUUAUACAUUAAAAAGUAAGUGCUUAUGUGCAAAUACUCAUAGAACAGUAAUAGGAAGGGAGUACAGAUAAGACAUGGGGAUGAACGUCAUGUGCACAUAACAAAUAAGUUCCAAGAAAUAGAGAGCACAAAAAGAUUAGAGAAGAGACAUAUCAGGUGGGGGCUCUCUGCUCCCGGAACUAGACAUAUAUGGUCUUAAGUGUCGUGUUAAGCAUCAAGCAUUUCCUGAGUCCAAGUUAGCCAAUUUUAAUAAAGGAUAUCAUUAUGACACCUAUAAGCUUGAUCCUUGGAAUCAAGAUAAAUUCUAUCAGAAAAGUGAAAGGUGCAGGUUGGCUAAGAAUAGCCAGAAAAAAGUUAAUAAAAAGAGGAGUCAAUAAGCUAUUUUAAAAAGAAAACAAGAGCAUGAAAGUAUAUAGCUGCGCAUAUAUCUAUAUAGAUACGGUAGUUCCAAUAAAGGUGAAGUGCGAAUAUUGAAAGAACUAUAAGACAUUAAGAUGUGUUUAUAAAAAUUUGUGGUACUUUGUCAGAAAGCCAGAGUCUACAUUAAGUCCUUCGUUUUCUGGUGUUGAAAUGUGUGAUCAUUUUCAUCUCAAAUGUCUUUUGUUCAUGAGUCUUUGAAAUUCCCUUUAAGAAUUUUAAUCCUGAGGCUUUGGAUGGAGUGACCAGUCUGGGUGAAGUGAUGACCACCAGGGGUACAAUAUUUGUUUUCUUUGUGGUUCUUGAUUGUCUGUGAUUCAUUCUGAGAUGCAGCUUAAGGCCAGUUUCUCCAAUGUAUUAACCUUUUGUCACACUGUAUCAUGUAUACCACAUUCGCAGUUGUGCACGAAUAUGAUGAUCCCUUAAUGUUGUAUAAUUUGUUAUUGUGUCUUGCUGUUAUUGCCACAUAUAUGCUGACAGUUUGCAGAGUGAUUUGAAACUUUUUUUUUUUUUUUAGCUUUAAACAUGUAAAAAUAAAUUACAUGUCUAGAUAGUGUGUGUGUGUAUAUAUAUUCUCAUCAUAUGUAGAGUAUUUUAUUAAUAUAAUUAGAUAUUGGUAUUAAAAUACACUUAGAAUGACUUUCUAUAUAAAUACAAAUAACUGCGCGUAUGUAUUAUUUAUUUAAAAAAUAUUUUACCAGGAAAGAUACAUUGAGAUUUCUCUCGUUUUCAAGUACCGUAUAUACUCGUGUAUAAGUCAAUCUCAUGUAUAAGUCGAGUGCAGUUUUGUGACCAACAAUUGUGAAAUAUGCUAUGCCUCGUGGAUAAGUCGAGGGUAAAACUUGGGGCUAUGAAAUUCUGUGAUUUUUAGAAUUAUAUACACACACUCAUACAAACACACACUCCACAUUAUACACACUCAUACAAACAAUCUGCAUUCUACACACACACACACACACACUCUAUAUUAUAUACGCACACACUGUGUGUGUUUGUAUGAGUGUGUGUUGAAUACAGAUUGUUUGCAUGAGUGUGUGUGAGAGAACUGGGUGGGAGGAGGGCAUUUUUAUUUUUUUAUUUUAAUAUUUUAAGUUUUUUAUUUUUUUUAUUUAGUUUUCGUCCCCCCUCCCUGCUUAUUAGCUUACCAGGGAGGGGGGCUCUCACUCCCUGGUGGUCCAGUGGAUGGGCUGUGUAGGAGGGGGGGGCUGACAGUGAGCAGUUACUUACCUUCCUGCAGCUCCUGUCAGCUCCCUUCUCCUCCGUGCAGCUCCCACUGUAAGUCUCGCGAGAGCCGCGGUGUCCCCGCGGCUCUUGCGAGACUUACAGUGGGAGCUGACAGAGGAGCUGCACGGAGAAGGGAGCUGACAGGAGCUGCAGGAAGGUAAGUAACUGCUCACUGUCAGCCCCCAACAGGACCGCCGGGCUUGUAAUGAGCCCGGCGGUCCUGGUCUGUAUUAUGGCAAUGUAAAUUGCCAUAAUACAGACAUUAACUAGAGUAUAAGUCGAGUGGGGGUUUUUCAGCACAAAAAAUGUGCUGAAAAACUCGACUUAUACUAGAGUAUAUACGGUAUGUCCUGGGUCCACAAAUCAUUGCAUUGUUAAACUAGGGUACAACAAAAUACAAAAACAAUAUUAAUACACAAUAUAUACAAAAUUGAACAUAGAACAGGCAGGAAAUAUAUAAUCAAACAUGACGCGUGCAUUCUGUUUUGAGGUAUGUAGAGUGGUAUCUCUUAAAGGACUUUAGGCUUAGGGAAGAUUUUAAAUUGUGCGGGAGGUUGUUCCACAAUUGCGGUGCUCUAUAGGAGGAGGAUCGGGCCGCUUUCUUUUUGUAUUGAGGUAGACUAAGUAAAGUGCUUGUACUGGAUCGGAGCUUAUAGGAAGUGGGAACAGCUGGGGAAAGCAUUUUGUUCAGGUAGGGUGGGAGUUUCCCAGAAAAGCUCUUAAAAACAAGGCUGGAAAGAUGAAGGGUGAGUCUGGAUUCCAGCGACAGCCAGUUUAGUUCUUCUAGCAUGUCACAAUGAUGUGUCCUGUAAUUACAUUGUAGCAUAAAUCGGCAGAACGAGUUAUACAAUGUGUUGAGUUUAUUAAUGUGGCAUUGCGAUGCAGAUGCAUAUACUACAUCCCCAUAAUCAAUGAUUGGCAUCAGCAUUUGCUGUACAAUCUUUUCCUUUACUGUAGGGCUUAGGCAGGCUUUGUUUCUGUAUAGGGCACCUAGUUUUGGAUAAAGUUUAGAUGCAAGCUUUUCUAUGUGCAGACCAAAAGAUAGAUUGGGGUCUAAUAUCAUACCCAAGUAUUUGAAAGCGUGGACUGCAGUCAGUGUGCCAUUUGAAUUUGUUUUGAUGGAUAGGUGGAAUUUGUGUAAUUUAGGUACUGUUCCAAAGAUCAUUGUGACAGUUUUGUCAGUGUUCAGGAAGAGUUUGUUUUUUGCGAUCCACUUUUCUACCUCUGUAAACUGGUCUGGGAGCACAGCCUCAAAUUGCGGUAGAUUGGAUUUGCUCGCAUAGAUUACCGUGUCAUCUGCGUACAUGUGUACAUUUGAGGAUUGGCAGACAUAAGGCAGAUCGUUUAUAAAUAAUAUAACUAGUAGGGGGCCGAGAAUGGAACCCUGGGGAACACCACACGUGACUGGGAGAGAGAGGGAGUCACUGUCAGAAAUGGACACAUAUUGGGAGUGAUCCGAUACAUUCGAUCGAAACCAGUUUAGAGAAUGAUCACCAAUACCUGAGUUUUAGAGUUUGUGCAGUAGAAUAUCGUGGUCUACUGUGUCAAAGGCCUUAGCAAAAUUUAUUUAUAUUUAUUUUUUUAAACAAAAAUCUGCACACCAGUCAAGCCAUAAGACUUUCUUUUUCCACAGAAAUCACUAACUUGCAGUGAUGUUACUACCGCAAAGGAUUCUGGGUGGGCACAUGCAAAUUAGUUUAACAAAGAAUCACAUUUUUGCCACAUUCCAUUUUAAACAUGGAUUCUUUUAAAUCUGUGUUUGCUGUAUACAACAGCUUUGAAACACAACUUAGGGGGUUUUCAAUCACAAUUUGUUCCCCACCAUAAACUUUUUGUUUUUUGCUUCCCAAGCACUACAAAGCCUCUAAGUAAAACAGUAACCAACCUCGUGCUGAUAAUUUGCAUUAACAAUGAAACUGCUGUCCAUGAGUGGUUUACUGGCUUUGCAUCUUUUCCUAAGUUGUUUCAAAGCUGAGAAAUGGUCAUUACAGAGACCGUUUUCAGCUUUACCUCCAGGGCAAGAUUAACGGCCUUAAUAGGUCUUGCUAGAAAGCCCUAGAAAUCUACAGUGAAAUUAGGAGGCAAAAUUUCUGUCUAUUUCAGUAUAAGUAGUGACAGAACAUUGUAAAAGUGCAGAAAAGUUUUGUGUUGUUGAAGCACUGUGCAAAAUGUUUAUAUUUAGUCUUUAACCCCUUAAUGCCGUUACGGCGUUCUAUGCUGUCUCGCAUUAAAUGGGCUUUAAAGCCAUUGCGGCGGCGUAACUGCUUAAUCUCCCAGGAGCUCGGUGGUACUAACCUCCACCGUGAUCCUCUUCGGGAGGACUGCCUGACAGCCCAGACAGCCCUCCUCCGGCAAAUCAGGCCCUGGAUCUGCCAGCAGGGGAACUGUCUGAAAUGUCAGACAGUCCCACUGCUGGUGGGAAGUGUAAAAAUAAAAAAACAUAUAUUAGACAAGUUUUAAAUAAGUGUGUGUGUGUGUGUUUUUUUUUUUUUUUACUUUUUUCACACAAACAAAAACAAAUAUGAACGCUAACUUUGGCCAGUGUUUGUGACUGUGUCUACUGUAAAAGACUGGACAUACCCCACUUGCAAUACCUUGGGUUGUCUACGUUUGCAAAUGGUACGCCAUCAUGGGGGGUAAAUCUCAUUCCUGGGCUACCACAUGGUCUCAAAGGCAACAUAACCAGUCGGGCAAAUUUCAAUUUGAAAAAAUCUGAAAAAUGGAAUGUGCUAUAUUUGACCCUUUAACUUCCCAAAACACUGCAAAAACUGUUAAUGGAGGGGGUACUGUUGUACUCGUGAGACUUUGCUGAAUCCAAAUAUGUGUUUGUUUUUUUUGUUUUUGUUUUGUUUUUUUUUGCAGUUAAAGCUAACGGUAUUAUGACAUUUACAGCUAAAAUGUCUACAAUUUUUUUUUUAAAUCUUCAUUUCUCAGUUUUUUUAAAUUUUAUUCAUAAUAAAUUGUUUCAAAUAUGAAUAGUUAAUGAGAAAUUAAAGCCCAGUUUCUCCUGAAUAAAAUGAUAUAUAAUAAGUGUGGGUGCAUAUAAUAUGAAAGAGGUGAAUUACGGUUGAACAGACAUAUAGCGCAAAUUCCAGUUUUUGUUUACAUUUUGUUUUGAUCAGAACGUGUACUAUUGACUCCGUCCUGAAGGGGUUAAUAUAUAUAAUUGUGUUUGGGUUUGUUUUUUUCCUUAUGACCGUGAAUAGCUCACUUGUUGAGCCUGAAAUCAGUUGUUGGAAUAAGCUAAAAGUGUUAAAUUUUCAAAUAAUUAACUAGAGUUGCACUCUUGUGUUUUUAACAGGGACUGCCAUCACCUAGGCAUUCAAAAUAACUUUGAUUAUAACAGAUUUCUCAAAUUUGCCCGUGUUUGCACAGUUGGAAACAAGAAACACAUCUGUACCCGAGACAAGGUAAAAUAUUUUCAUUUAAACAACUUUUCUAAAUGUGUUGUCUGUUUUUUGUGAAAAUAUAUAAAAAAAAAUUAUUUUUUUUGGUCUUUCAAAUGCACUUUGCCAAUUUCAUGUAUUAAUUUUUUAUUUUUUUUCGCAAUAGGAAGUUGGGAACCUGUAUGACAUGUUUCACACGCGCAACUGUUUGCAUCGAAGGGCAUACCAGCACAAAGUUGGCAACAUCAUAGAAACAAUGUAAGUGGAAAUAAAGGUUUUAUUUGACAUAUUUUACAACACUGGUUAGUGAAACCUCAGUUGUUUGAAUGUAAGAGCCACAUUCUACAAUUCAAUAAUCUAGAUUGGUGGUGUAGUGCUCACCAGCUAGCCUGCUCCCACAUGAUUAGAUAAACAUGCAGCCUACUUCCUGUGGUUACAAUGUGAUAGAGAGAAGCUGAAAUGUCUUCAGAGUUUGCUUGGUGUCAUGUACUUGGAAGCUGAAGCAAUCUUCACCACUGCUGUCCUGCUGCUGACUUAAUGUGUAUACAAAACAUCCCUGCAUUGUAGCUGUAGAUUUAAUGUAAUAAACUGUUAACCAACGUUCAGGUGUAAUGAUGAGAAGGCAAGAGAGACCGGAGUUAUUCAAUAUUCUGGCUUUGUUCUCCUUUACAAUUUUUAGAUGUUUUAUGUGGUUUUUUUUUUAAUUGCAAUUUUACCUAAAAUGAGCCGAUUUACAGGAGUUACCUUGACUGUUUCUGUUUUGUUUUACUAGGAUUACAGAUGCUUUCCUAAAAGCUGACCCACACAUCAAAAUAGAGGGCUUAGACGGCAAAUUUUAUACUAUCUCUGGGUCUGUGGACGACAUGGAGGCAUAUACUAAGCUCACAGGUCGGUUAUUUAAAAGGAAACCCAAUAUAAUUGAGUAUAUUUCAGAGAGCAAUCUACCUGGACUGGUAAAUAGGAUCUCUCCAAAAUGUGUCUUGUCGUCUGCUGUAAAAUUAUUUUUAGUGUUCAGUGUAAAGAUGAGCUUGUAACAGGUUAACUGCACUAUUUUCAGAUAACAUUUUCCAGCAGAUACUUUACUCAAGCGAUCCCAAACUGUCCGAAUCCAGAGACAUCCUACGCAAAGUAGAACUCCGCCAGUUGUACAAAUAUGUGGGGCAGACACAUCCUACUUCUAGCAACAGGAUAAAACCGGUAAGGCAAUAGUGUCACCAAUGGCACUUAUUCUUACCUUCCACAUAUUGAAGUGUCAUUAUUGUAUAAUGAAAUUAUUCAUGGGUGAACCCCAGAUUGUCUGCAAUUAUAAUUUAAAUUUCUCUAAUCUCCACAUCAUCAGAGAGGCAGUUCAAUGGAUAGAUAUUAGGCUCCUGGUCUUGUGGUAACUAACAAGGGAACACCCAAGGUGCAGUUAACACCUUAUAUUUUUAUGUCAAUGGAAAGGUUAGUGCAAGUGUGUUUUGCAAAACGUGAGUCCACGUGCAGAGAAGUUGUAAGGUGUACAGCCUUGAAUGUACUUAAAAUUAUGUGAAUUAAAGUAUAUAAAUUAGUGUGUGUGUGUCCGGUAUAUGUACGAAUAUAUGAAAAGUUACUUUAAGUUUUUAUGGUGAAAUUGAGAUGCAGUUCUAUAUACUCUGUAAAAAGUUUCACCAGCAGAAUGCACAUUUGUAUGGUGUGUGUGUGUGUAUAAGCAUAAUUUGCUUUCCUUCCUAUUUGCUUGGAUCUAAUAUUUUGUAAUUUCUUCAUGCUGAGCAUAUGAAAAUUGUUGCUUUGUAUAUAGUUGACAUCAAAGGAAUUGCUUUGAUUAGUCAAUUAUUGCUCCCACCUGAUGCACAUAAAAAUGUACAUGUAAUGGAGCAGUGCACAUUAUAUGUUGCCCAUCACUGUUAAGUGACAUGUAUCAAGGAUCCCAUGUAAUAUCUGGUAAUGACAAUAUUUGUGCUCAAUAUCUAAAGUUAGGGAGGGGGUGUGGGUGUGUGUUUUAUUUCUUGUUUGGUUUGUGAGCACUGUGAAAUGCAGGACGCCUGAAUUAAAGGGACAUGCAUCACUUGACAUGAUGUGUAUAAUCACAUUCUAAACUUGGCUUGUGCGGAAAGAAUAUGAAAUAAGCAGGUAAAUAUGAAAAAAAUAAUCAUUCGGUUUGCAGAGUGAGGCAAUUAUCUUUUAAAUCGGAUAGUUGUAUCAUGCAUGUCCCUUUAACAAGCUAGUAUUAGUUUAUAUAUCCCAAGUUGCAGAAACCAUUUCCGGUGUAUAUUCGCAGCAGUAGUGUGUUUUAUUUUUAUUUUUUUUUAUUUUAUUUUUUUCUUUUGGUCGUGCAAAGUAUAUACACUAUUGAGACAAUCAUGGUGUGAUUUUACACAGAAAAUAAAGUGUACAUACAGGGAUCAGCACCUAUGGGUACUGUAGUAACAGUGCAUAUUAGUGGAACAGUAAGUGAGUAGACUAUAUGCAUAGGUAGUAGGACACCCCCCCCCACCCCCAGGAGGCCCUUCAGUGAGCUAAAUGAUCCAUGCUGAAAAAUGAGACUGGUCUUCUCCCAUAGCCUGCAUUAACUUUGAGUGUUGAGUCCCAUCUUCGCCACAUAUGGUAAGGCCCUCCGCUUUACACUUUGCACCCAGGUCAGCCUAUGUCCCGCUUGGGUGAUCCAAUCCUGAGCCCAGCAGCCCGCUCGAGUAGAUACCAGCGGUGGUGCGAUCAGACUAGGGCAUAACUAUUAGAACCUGCAGGAUUCUUCCAGGCAUCAUAACCCAGAAUAGCUUGGAAUAUGGGCCAUUCAGGGACCUCAAAUCAGGCCGUGGCUGAAAGCCGUGCUUGGAUAUAAAUGGCAAGUUUUUGCAAUGGAGCCCAGUCACAUCAGUGCACAGUCAAGUAGGUUUGCGUGCAGACGGGAGACGUUGCUUUCUCCAGUGCCAUUUGCAAGCACCCUUUGGUCUGGGUACUGUUGUCCGUGUCGGGAGCAUGGAGAUGGCAUCUCAGGUAAGUACUCUUCUGCUGUAUGUGUCGCAGCCUGCUGCAUUCUGAGUGCCAAUUUUUUCCAGAAAGCAUCAAAGGUGCUUUUCAGCCUUGCCAGGAUAUUGGGCUUUUCCUCAGUAUGGUUGGGAGUGCUCAUGGCGUCCGCUAUUGUGCGUGACCCUGAUUCUGCAAGUUGCUUGUGUUGACCCGUCGCUUGCAUCCUGAGGUGGACUGGGAUCACCUCCAGCAGUUCGGGGGGGUAUGAUGUCUGUGGAUCCGCCGAUGAAAGGAAGAGAAGAGCGGGCCAUCUAUCACCAGUUCCAUCACCUGCAGGCCGUGGCUAGACACCUCAGACUCCCAAUUACCAAAAUACUAGUAUCGGUGAUUAUGAUCGCUAAAUCGGCAGAUACCAUGGAAGUACAGUGAGCAUGCUUCUGUUCAGCCCAGCAGGUCAGGUUCUGCCUUCUAAUUUUGUGUAAUAAGACUCCUUUGUUUCCUACAGCAUAAUGGAUACAAAGCUAAUUUUAUAACCGAGCAGUGCCCUGGCUGCCCCAAUAGUAAGGAGUCAAACUUUUUUUUUUUUUUGUGCUAGAAGUUCCUGCUUUUGUUAGCUCUCAUGUCAGAAGCUCUGCACCCCCAGGCUUAUCUAGGGUAGCUUCCUUUGCUCCUGUAGCUAUAGUAGAGGUAGGGAGCAUUACACUGCAUACUGUCACGAUACUUGCCUGUUCACCGUCGAACCACUUCCAUUCAUAGGUUGCACGGGCCGAAUGCACUGUUCAGCUAUGCGGCCUUCCUCACCAGACGCACCUCACCUUCCUCAGACGCUAAUAUACUUAUUCGUUCCCCCGUCGACGUCAAACCUCUCUUUCCCUCAGUUCACACGGACUGAAUGCAUUGAUCGGCCGCUCCGACCUCACUUCUAGAAAUUCAGAUGCUGCCCGGUUGAAUGGCAAAUCUUUAUAUAAUGCAUUUGUCUAACGUCACAUCAGGUCUUGGUGUCCUCACCCAGGCGACCCCAUUCUCGUACUUCUUGGAGUUCCAUAUAUGAAUGUGGGCAAAUGAAGUUAUGUAAGCCUAUAUAAUGCUUAUUUAGGCCCUUAUUCAGUGUCCUAUUGUGGUAUCUACCUUGAUACUGGUAUAGUACGUUUAGUAAGUCUCUCUUGAAUUUAUGAUAUUGACCCUGGCUUCUUUAUUGUCUUGGGGAACUUCUGGAAUCCGGACCUUGCUUUUGUUUGUUCUUUUAUCCGUAUUUCUAUCAUUCUGACUGUUGCUAUUUCUGACCUUUUUUUUUUUCUGUCCUGAAAAUUUUAAUAUUAUGAUGGUGGGGGGAAAGAGGAUUCAUCUGCAAGCAAUACGUACUGUUGAUGAUCCAUUGUGCAAGUAAUUUCGACAGAAAAUCAGUGUAAAAUAUUAACAUAAGUACAAAGUAAAAUAUUACAGAUACAAUCGCGCUUUCAAGAGCUAUACAUUGCUCUGUCUGUACUGACUGCUUUCGGGGUGGAGGUGCAAGGUGCAUUGUUCCCUGGAAGAAUAUAAAACUGAAUAAGAUAUGGUGAAGCAUAUCCAUGGAAAUAAAAUAGAGGAUGCAUGUACACUCAUAUUUAAUAGGGAUUAUUUUAGCCUUAGUGCAAUGGCAAUGAGCAGAACAAAUCCCUCCCUGAGAUGUGUAGAUUCUGGAUAGCUUCAGAUGUGAAACAUGCACAUAAAACACAAAACCAUAUAGGGUACACUGUAGAGCGUAGCGUAUUAAGAAAAAUAAAUGGCACAUUCACUUCUUACAGUGUGCUGAGCACUCUAGUGCUCCGUUCCGUAGGCAUAGGUGGUACCAUCCCAACCAAGGAUGUUAAUGAGCAGGGUAGGUAGGAAAAAGUGUAAUCCAAAAAAAGUAUAAAACCAAUGUUCACAAAUUAUAAAAUACACCGCUAACGUUUUCACUUUAAACCAGCUAGCUUUCAAAGUGUAGUGUAGUGCAUUAGUCUUCUUAUACCUUUUAAAAUGUUUUGAUACAAGAGUAUUCAUUUAAUUAAUACAAUUGACCAUAUAUUUAAAGUGCAAUUUUGGAGCAAGGUGUUAAAUACAGAACAAUCGUCAUGGAAACAAAUGGAAUGCAAAACAAUUCACCUUGAUUCCAAUGGAUUGUUUCGAAUGGUUUUUAGACUUUGCAACCAUUUCUUUUGAACUUUUUUUUUUUUUUUAAUAAAUAUAUAUAUUUUUAUUUGUUUGUUUUUCAGGAUGAAUAUGAUUCUUUACCAGGUGACUUGGCUAAUUCGAUUCCACAAACAUCCAUAAGUGAUGUUAAACUUAAUCCAGAAGAUUUUGUUGUAGAUGUAAGUAUGCCACACAUCAACAAAAUGGGGUUUGGCUGCUAGUUGAAAGACUGUCCAAUAUUCAGAGCUUCAUCCUCUAGCAUACAAACCAAAUG